UUCCGUGAGACUUCCUUAACAACGAUAAUGGCUUCCUGACGAUGCACUGCUAAACGGUUAUAAUUUUCAUAAUAAACAACAUCAUUGAAGUACAUAACGCCAUAAAUAGGUCUCUGUGUAGCUCGUGGAUAUAAAUUCUCCUGUAGGGCGCGCAGAUUACUGUAUCCGGAUAGAGUACUCGAUAAAUCACGUUUAUUUUAUAUUAAACAGUUGUGAACUAAGAUGCCGAACUGUCCUGUCGUUGUAAUGGCUUUUGGUUUUAUUUUGCCGCUGUGUACACAUUCCCAAGGACACACAAACCAGCCACCGAUGGAUCUGAGUGAUUAUUCUUUUACAGUGAAUUCAACAGUAAACUUUACAGUGGACGGAAAUGCAACAGAUUCUCCAGACAUCAACCAGGAGUUCGGAGCCAGAGCCAGUACUGAUGGUCCAGUCGGGUCCACGGUCCAAACCCCAAUCAUACAGACUAUACAGGCUUCUGAUGGCUGUACCUGCAACAUCACUCCUGAUUUCUGCGAUAUCGGCUGCUGCUGUGAUGUUGUGGACUGUGGUAUCGCUGAUCUGAGUUCUGUGUUCAGUGACUGUAGGCAAGAAACAAGGGCUGGAGUGUGUAUCGAGAGCUGGCUGAUAUUCCGAGCCAAUGUGGACCCUCAGCUGGUGACAGACACGGGUUCUCUGUUCUGUGUUCAGAGAGGGAACGAUUCAGACAGCACAGCACAGAAUGCACCUGCUGCCUCUGAAGGGCCGUCCAUCUUUUCUCCUCACUUUUCACUAUCGGAGGUCAACAGUACUCAGAACACUCAGAGCUCAAGUGUUUACAAGGUUGAUGAUGUCAUUCUGACAUAUUACAACACCACAUCCAUACUGAGUGUGCUCAGACAGCCAUCAUCGGGCGUGGCGUCUUCCACCUGUAUCGAGCGCAGUCCUGCAAAGUUUCUGCGUUCUGGCUCCUUGUCCUGUUCCCAAAUUGUCAGUGCUCAGUCAUGUAGAAGAGACAGUAGUCUCAGUUUUAGCUCCUAUUUCACAGGGUUCAGUCUCCUAAAGGUUCCACGUCCCUCACAAAUGGACAGUUCAAAAAUUAUGAUUCCCAUUAUCCCACUUGUCAACCCACCUGAACUCACUGAACACAAUGGUUCCUGUGUGAAUGUGGUGACAAAGGUAGAAUAUAUGAUUACGUACACCAGCGCAGGAGAAAUUACAGCAGCAAUGGUACAAGGCAGUGUGACAAACGCCAAUUUUGGAACACAGAUACUGCAACAACACACUGUGAAGUUUCAGUUAGCCACGCCCUCAUCAUCUCCUCCUAAAUUGCCAUUGGUUGGCUUGGAAGUUGGGACUCCAGUGAUUGGCUGGUUUGGUGGACAAGCCGGACCUCUGACGAUGCCGGGACUUUCCUUGGGAGGAGAGUGCUCUAUUGACCUCACCAACCGAACACCCAUCCUGCUCAUGCACAACAGCAUCACCGGCUGCACCUUCAGGUCAAUGUUGCAUGACUGUGCCUCACUGAGAGCUCAGAUCUACAGCAUUCUACGCGGGACAAUGACCCCCGAUACAGUCGCCAUGACAGCGGGGUCACAGCCACAACAGAGUAGGGUCAUCGUGCAGGAAUGUCCAGAACCUGCUCCGGGUGAGGUGUGUAAGACAGGUUGUCUUGUGCCUGUCUCUCUGUCAGUGAGGUUUCUCUGGAUUCGGAGAGGAAUGUUGGCUCUGCCCCAGAAUCACAUCCUAGGUGUCAAAUACGUCUUCAAUUGUCAGAUCCUGAAGUGUCCCAUUGUUUCUCCUCUUCCUGUGACUACUGAGGUGAUUUUCUUAGACACCACUGUUUAUCCAGAACCCCCCUGGGCCAAACCCCACCCUGGGUGGAAGUUUCCAUUUGGGUUCUUCACCAGGGGGGCAGAAGAAUUAGACAGGAUCUAGGGCAUGAUAACGUGAUGGAGAAUUACUCUUAAACUGCUAAUUAUAGUUGAGCAAUACAUUUUAAAUGUUUUUUUUUUUUUAUUGUAUAUUUUUUGUUUUCCGUAUUUUAAUUUAUCUUCAUUGUUUUUGUUCUACCUCACUAUAAACAUGUGUAUAGAUUUUUUUUUAAGGUAAUUUAUUUCUGUACUGCAAAAUACAGACUUGUUUCGUAA